AUGUAAUUUUAUAAUAAGCUAAAACAUAAAUUUUAGCAAUCAAAGUAAGAAUUAUAACAAACACCUCCAACAAAUGAAUUAGGUCUUAGUCAGCAUAAACCACCUUUAGUUGAUUCAAGAUAAUAAUGGAAUACAAAUGUUUAUUUAGUUCCAAAAUGGGAAAGGAAAGAAAUUAAGAGAGUUGAUUCUUCACUUCAUACUCCAUUUCCAAUAAGAAAUUAUAUCAAUUUUGUAUAAUAACAUAGUGGAGGAUUCUAAGAAGAAUUGAAUCUGGAUUUCUUUAAACAUAUUUUUAGACAUUUCGCAAUUAAUUAAUGGUGGAUAGAAGAAGCACGUAAAUUCAAAUAAACUAUUCCUAUUAAUAUACUAUAGAGUCCUGAAGAAGUUAGAUAAAAUCCUGAAUAUUGUAAAUUGAUGAUGUAAAAAUAAAAGGAUGAUCUAAAGUUUUAUUAAGAAAUUCUAAGAAAUGUGAAAUCUCCUAAUCCACCUUUUCCAUCUAGAUAAAUUCCUGAAUAUCGAAAAUCUGUAACAUAUUAAGUGUUAGAUUUACAUGCAGGAUAAGAACAUAAAGAUAAAUCAUUGUUUCAGUUAUAGGAUGUUUUUGUUAACAGAAUAAUAUAAUUGAUUUCUGAAUAAGGAAUUUAAAGUUUAGGGUAUUAUGACUACAUUACAUUUAAGAAUAUAGUUUAGGAUAGAAUAAAAGGAACAGGAGAUGCUGAAAAUUUUAUAAAAGUAUUAGAAAUCAAAAAACUAUUUAACUCUGUUGAUUAAAUAUAAAAGGAAUUCGAUAAAACUGUAAAUGAAUGGCAAAAAGAAUACACACUUACAUCUAAUAAUACAAAGAGUAAAUUUCGAAGAUGGUAAUAAGAGAAAACUUUAUUUUCUGAUGAAUUACUUUAAUUAGCAACAAAUGUUGGAUUAGAUGCUAAUCUAGUAAAAGCAAGAAAGAAUUUUGAAUUAAAUAAGACUGAAUAAUAAUUUAAAGAACUAAUUAAAGUUGGAGAUUAGAUUUAAUUAAGUACUCAUAAAACUAUAAUGGAUACUUUAUCUAAGAUUGCUUAAGAGGAAUUUAAUAAUAUAUCUAUUAAUAAUUCAGUUUUACAAGAAGAUGCAUUAUAAUAAGCUAGAGUAUAAUAUGAAGAACAGAAAAAUCUUAUUAAAAAGGAGCAUUCUUCUGAAGAUUCAAUUCCAUAAUAUUCUGAAGUUCCCAAUAGUAGGGAAUGUAGUGAUAUAUUUUAGAAUAUUUUAGGAUAAAAGUAGAAUAAUGAUUCAAAUUAAUAAUUCUAAUAACCAAUUAUAGAAUAACGAUCCAAUAAUAAUGUUUCAACUUAAUUACAGAAACCAUUUUUGUAAUAUGCUAAAUAACAAAAUUAUAAAACUUAAUAAAAAUAAGCUAAUAGUACUUCACCAUAAAGAAGAAUACUUAUGGUAUCUGAGAAUAAUAGUAGAUCUAAUAACAAUAGUAGUAAUUAAAAUAAUACUCAUAGGAUUUAAUCUUAAGGAUAAGAAAAAAUGUUAUAAUCUUAAUGGUCUCAGUAAUCUUUGAAGUCUCUUGAAGAUAUAAUUAAACCUGCUUAUGAAGAUAAUUUUAAACAUUCUGAUAAAACUUCAAAAGAAUAACUCUAAAAAAAUAGUAUGUAAUUUUAUUAGAAACUUGAUUAUAAAGAUUAAAAAUAAUUUGAAAAUGUGUAUAAAGAUUCAAAUGGAAAUAAGAAUCUAACAUAAAAUACUAUCAGUCAUCAUUAAUAUAAUAUAUAAUAAAAUUAGAGUAAUAAUAAUAUGAGCAUUAGUUUAAAUAAUAAGAAUACUAGUAACAGUAUUAAUGAUGAUAUCAAACUUUUAAGUGAUUUUGUAUAAUAAAAUAGAAUUUCAUAAUAAAAAUUUAAAGAUAAAGUGUUUAGUUAAGAUAAAGAAAAGGAUGAAUUAAGAUAACUUUAAGAGGAACUUGAAAAUAUAUCAAAAGAUGAUAAUGUUAGUAAUUUUAGAAAAAAUACAUUAGAAUCUUUGGAUAAAGAAAAGAGUGUAGAUAUUUAAAAUUAAAGUAGAAGUAUAUCUUCAAAAGAAGAUAAAAAAUAUAAAGAACAAAUUGAAAAUUAAGUGAAAUUAGAUUAUGGAUAUAAUGUUCCAUCUUCAAUGCCAGGAUCAUUAUCUAAUAAUACAACAGCUAGAACUUCUAGAAAUACAAGCAAUUAUAAUUCUAUUUAAAAUAAAAGAUCAAAAGUAGAUAGUAUUGAAGAAGCAUCAGAUGAAUAAAUAAUUUAGUAACAAUAAACAUAUGUGGAAAAUGAAAAUAUUAAAAGAAUUUCACCAAAUAAAUUAACAAGAUAAACAUCAAUUAAAAAUAAUUUAAAAACUAAUGAAUAACGUAAUGAUAUUAAAUAAUAAUCAAGGGAUAGUAAACACUCAAGAUAAGAUAAAUCAUAAGGUAGAGAUACUAAUCUUUAAAUUAAUUAAAUUAAAGAUAAUAAUUAAAUAUAAGAUUCUAAAUUAGAUGAAAUUAAUAAUUAUUAAAUUUCUUAAUAAUCAAGUGAUCUAUCUCCUUAAAAAUCUAAAAGAAGUACAAAAAGUCCAGAAAAAACUAAAAGAUUUUAAAAAUCAGUAACUAAAAUAAUUGAUUCCAAUAAAUAAACAAAAAAAGAAUAAUAAUAAAAAUUAGAGAUUAUUAAUAAACCUUUUGAAAAUCAAUAGUAAACAUAAUAAGAUGUAAGAAAAAGUAGACAUAAAACAGGAAAUAGGGAAGCAGUAGAUGAAUCUUCAGAAGAAGAGUAGGAUUAAGAAAAUGAAGAUAAAAAAAAUAAUAAUAGAAUUAAAAGAUAAAAAUCUAUUAAAAGAGGAUAAUUUCAUUCAGUUUCAAUGCCUAAAAUUGGAAAAGAUGAAGAUCCAAAAAGAUAUUUAUUGAUGUUAAAAGAAGAACUCAAAGAAUUAAUAGAUAAAAAAGUUAGUUUAAGGGAAAUAAAGGAGCAUAUUAAUUUAAUUCUUAAUGAAAUUGCAGGAGUAAAACUCGAUCCAGAAUUGGAAUAUUAUUUAUAAUUAUGUAAUUAUUUAUAGAAUAUUUUAAGAUAAAUAAAGAGUUAUGGAGUUAACUUAAGUGAAUCAAUAAUCAAGAGAAAUUCAUUUUUAGACUCUUUAACCAACAGUUGAUUUGAAUAUGAAACGAGAAAUAAGAGGAUUAAAAUUUGCUAGAAAUUGUGAUCGAAUUCCUAAAUUAUAACCAAAAGAUUUAGAAGAUACUUUUGUUUUAUAAUAGUAAAUUAAAUAAUCAUAUUAUUAUAUAGAUAAUUUUAAAAAGAAUAAGAUCUUAAUGAAUAGGAAUUUAAAAUUCAAUCAUAUUAACCAAUAUUCAGAUAUGAAUAAAGACCUAAACCAAUUUAAUCUGAUAUUAUAUAAGUUUCAUUAGAUGUUUCAAGAAGAUAAACACCAAAUACAUAUCGUCAGGAAAGAGCUGGAUCAUUACUUGAUGUUGAUUUACCAAUUCUUACUUAAAGAAAGAGUAAUAUGGUAGAGAAUAAAAAAAAGAAAAAGACAAGAUAUACAGGAUAGACUUCUAUCAAGAGAGAUAAAUUGAGUGAAGAUUAUCCUUUUCUAUAUAAAUACAAACCAGAGUUAUUGAAGAGUAUAUUGGAAGCCCGUAUUAGUCUUGAGAAAUUGGUUUGA